UCUGCGAUGGGGAUGAUUGCAUCAUAAUGAUAUUUAAAGUUCAGGAACAAUUUCCAUUGUUGGCCACAAACGGAGUUCCCCCGUGCUGUGAAAACUGUAAUUGGUCAGAUGGUAUAAGUGGAAGAUUAGGGGAUCUUUUAAUUCACUUCUCCUAGAAUCUUUCGUAGUUGCAGAUUGGGAACAUCUGUGCUCAAUGCAGGACGGAGAGCAUUACAUUUUUAUCAAAAAGAAUUGAGAACACAAGAAGAAAUAUGUAUUGGCUCACACUUUCUUUACUUGUACAGACAGUGGUCAUUGUGGCCAAAGAAAGUACAACCUGGAUUCAAGGUACACUGGGUGGAUCCAUACAUCUGACACCUGCGAUACCCAAUGGGUUUAAUACACGGGAUAUCUACUGGAGACAUUUGUCAUCAGCUGAUGAGCUGGUGGCCACCUUUUCUCGGGGAUCCUCUGAGACAACGUAUCGGUCACGAUUUUAUGGCAGAGUGCUGCUCCUUCAAAAUUCUACUCUAGAAAUCAGGGAUCUGGAGGUCAAGGAUAUGGGAAUAUUCUCCUGCCUUCUGGUGGACACUGAAGGACGAAUGAAAUUAUUCAAGUAUCAUCUUACAGUUUAUGAAGCAGUGGUCCCAGCGGCAGUGAAGGUAUUUGUAUCUGGUGAUUCCACAAAUGGAACAGAGUGUUCUGUGUUCCUAAGCUGCAACACUACAAUGGGAAGCAACAUAUCCUACACCUGGAGAGCAAACAAACUUCAAGGAGAGCUGCUAAACGUGUCCUAUACCACGUACGAUGACGGCCGUCUGCUAAGCGUUAAUCUGGGGCCUACUGACUGGGACGUAUCUUACACCUGCACAGUUACCAAUCCAGUGAGUGAACAGCACACUACAGUGGUGCCAUGGGAGAGUUGUGCAAAUCUAUUCGGAAAAAAACCCAAGAUAUCCUCCUAUGAACUAUCCGUGUGCAUGGCUGUGGUCAUCAUCCUUGCAUUUGCAUUACUUACCCUCUGCAUUGUCCUCCACGUGAAGACCUCAGGCAAACCAAAAAAAAAAGGUAACGAAGAGAUUGCUUUAAAGCGAAAUGAAGACGCAGUACUGGAGAAUGAAGGAGAUGUCCGGCAGCAGAAUGAAGAGGAGGCACAUCAUGUAGUUGAGAUGAGGAACCAGGAGAUGCUAGAAGGGAAUAGUGUAGUGUGAGACGAGUCUCACAAAGACUUAAAACAAAGGCAGUCACUGGGUAGAAAAAAGAUCCAGUGGUGAAUGCAUAUGUAGAACCAGUUUUCAUGCAGUAUGGUAGACGGAGCAGGGAAAUUGAGGAGCAAUAGAGACACGUUGCUGUAAGCAGCCAGUGGUUGCUGGAACCUGUAGGUUUUGAGAGUGACACCAAAUUGAAAGUCUAGAAACGGAUACAAUUAAUACAUGACGUAAAGGCAGAAAUUACGAUUUAUUAAGGUUUAACCACUACGGCAAACAUAAUACAAUCUCUAUACACCAAGAGAAAUGUAACAAACACUGUGUUCACAACACUAUCACAAAAGAUAACAACAAGGGAGCACAAAGAUAUUAAGUUACGCUGCCUACUGACAAAGCUGUAGCUUCAAAAAGAGACACCUAGUGGACAAUAACGGAUUAAUUUAAUGAGAGCAGUUAGUGAGGUAGGCAUUCC